AUGAGUUCUUCUUUACUAAAUUGGGUAAAUAAACGUUCUAAGUCCAAUGAUGAAUGUAAUAAUUCGUCAAAUAAAAAACUGUGCGUUGAAAGUGAACAUAUAUUAUCUAAUAAAGAAUCAAAUAAAAAUAUGGAACUUCAAGAAACUAGUGACUUGCCCGAAUGUUGGAAUAAAGAUUUUCCCGGUGAACCUUAUACUUUUAAUCUUGACUUAAUUGAACUCCCUAAUACCUCUGCUGAAACUAUUACUAAAUCAUUACUUGAUUGUUUGGGUGGAUACGGAUUUGAUCAAAUUUUUUUAAAUGAAUGUUUUAUUGCGUUUGCAUGUGACGAAGCUUCUGUUAUGAUCGGAAAAGAUUCGGGAGUAGCCACUCGACUUAAAAUUCAAUUUCCUAAAUUAAUUAUUUGGCAUUGUUCAAAUCACCGUUUGGAACUGGCAGUAGGUGAUGUUGUUGCCGAAGUUUGUGGUAUAAACCAUUUUAAAAUAUUUAUGGAUAAACUUUAUACUUUAUUCCACCAGUCACCUAAAAACCAAAACGAGUUAAAAAAAUCUGCUAGUUCAUUAGAAGUACAAAUUUUGAAAAUUGGUAGAAUUUUGUCAGUUCGAUGGGUAGCAUCAAGCAAACGCACAGUUAAUGCAGUCAUAAAUAAUUUUUCUGCUUUGUGUGAACAUUUCAACUUGGCUUCAACAGACUCUACCAGAGACUCUAAAGAAAGAAGUAAAUACUGUGGAUUGUUUAAAAUGAUAACAAGUAUAGAAUUUGUUAGUAAUUUAAAUACCAUGUCUGAUGCUUUAGACGAAUUAGGAGAUUUAUCAGAAUAUUUACAAAAACGUAGUAUUACAUUAGUAGACGCUGAUAAAUCUAUAAGAACAACAAUACGUGUAUUAGAUUCUAUGGCAACCGAUCCGGGUCCAAAAUUAACUGACGCAUUAAAAGAAAUAAAGAACAAAAUGUCGUAUAAAAAUGUAACAUUACACAGUGGCAAUGUUCCUAAAAUAAAUUCUGCACAAUUUUACAAGAGCCUAGCUAAUAAUUUAAAAUCUCGAAUGAUGACUACCAGUUCAUCAAAUGUCAGUCGUAAUGAAAAAACUCGCCAAGACAAUGAAAAAACGUUUAAAAACUUACUUGAUAAUAUUGAAAAAUUGAAUCCAAAAAAUUGGCCACUUUCGAAUGAUGGACAAAUAGAAAACAUACAAUUUGGUGACUGCAAUAUUCGUAAUUUAUGUCAACAAUUUCAAAUUGAUGAAAAAAGCACUAUUCAAAGUUUUAGAAUUUAUAAAAUGGACUUGGGCAAAAAGGAAAUUCCAGAAGAUUUGAAACCCCUUUAUAAAUCAAUUGCAACGAUUCCAGUAUCGACUAGCGAAUGUGAAAGAAAUUUUAGUUCUAUGAACGAAAUCAUGUCACCACUAAGAACUUCAUUAAAUAUAAAAACCGUUGCUGCUCUUUUAUUUAUUAAUUGCGUUGGACCACCUCUAACGAAAUUCGAACCAGAAAAAUACGUUCGAUCUUGGUUAUUGAAUGGUCGACAUUCAGCUGAUGAUAAUGCAAGUCGUAAAAGAAAACAAAAGUGUGAUAAGACCUAUGAAUCGCUUUGGAAGUUAUUGUAA